UUGAGAGAGAGAGAGAGAGAGAGAGAGAGAGAGGGGGGAAAGAGAAAGAGAAAGUUCCGAUUUUGGCAACUUCGCAGAGCUCUUUCAUCGGGGAGUUUCCAUUUUGGACAAUUUUAGGGUUUCUGGAUUCGCUUGGACUUGGCGCGAUAGUGAGCUAAGACAUGUGCAGAUGCUAUGGAAGUUGUUAGAUAAUUUCUCUAGUUUUGUUCUUUUAUGCUGCUGAGCCAAAGGGAGAAGCUGAUCUCUUUGGAAUUCUGAACUUGUUUUGCAAUUCCAAUGGGCUGAAUGGGUUAUAGAUGAAAUGAAACUCUGGGGGAUUUUUUUGGGAAUGAUUUAGCAUCAUUGAACGUCUUGUGGAGUUAUAGUAGUGAUCAAAUGGAAGGGGCUACUGAUUUGAAUGAGAGUUUAGAGAACGCGGCUUGUCCUCCUCACAUGAAAAGAAAAGAGAAUGAUCAGCCCCCACAGCAACCAGAGAACUGCAAUGUGGCAUUGGAAAAUCCCACUCCAAUUAUCUCUACAGAAGCUGGUUGGGCUGAGCAAUUAUCUAUGGAGACUUUAGCAGGAGAGGAAGUAAAUACAAGUCAAUCAGGGUCGGAAGCUUUAUGCACAAAUCCUCGGUUGCCAGACAAUCCUGGAAUGAUGGUGGAAGAGUUGACACUUAAUAAUUACAAGAGUUCUCAUCUAGCUAUGGGGGGUUGCUCGAGCAGUGGAGAUUCUUCUAGGAAAGGUUUUUGGCAAAAUUUUAGGAACAUUGCAGGUGGAUCGAGAGAUGCCGCAUGCAGGGAAUCAUUGGUGAUGGGUGAUGUAGUAGACACCAAUUGUUUGUUUACACCCCAGUUUUGGGCACCUAGGCCCCAGCCAUUUCUACAGUCAGAUAAUUAUCAUUCCAAGGUCUCUGAUCACAAAUCUGAGAGUGAACAUAAUGUUGCUUCAGCUAAUGCAAGAUUUCCCAGUGGAGUUCGGACAAAGAUCCUAUCUUCCUCUGGGUUUCCGCAGUUUCAAGUGAAAAGUAAUUUGAAGGGGAAAGGAGUUGCAUAUAAACAUCAAGGAAUACCUGACAGUCCUGGGAGUGUGAUUCAGGAUAACAAUGAAAAGCAGGCUGGCAAUUUGGAGAAAGCUUCUGAUACUUUGCAAAAGCCUAUUACAAAACCAGAUGAUGCAUCCCUACUUCGUGGUGGACGUCUUGGGACUCCUUGUUUGCAGAAUGAUGGGAUUAACUUGAGGGAAUGGCUUAAAGUCAGACGACAGAAGUUAAAUAAGGCUGAGAUGUUGCAUAUAUUUAAGCAGAUUUUGGAGCUUGUAGAUAUCUCGCAUUCCCAAGGCCAAUACUUGCAACAUCUGCGACCAUCUUACUUUACAAUAUUGCCUUCAAAUCAAGUUAAAUAUGUCGGCUCUUUUCGUUCCAAUUGUCAGACGGAGCUCCCAUCAGAUCCAGUUGAUCAAGAUGUGCACUACUUGGAAAAUAAUUUGAAGAGGAAAAGAUUCUCAGAACAGGCUAUGGAUAAGCGUGAAGUAUCACCAAAAUAUCUCAGACAAAGCAAGCACAGCUAUAUUGCUAUGCAACAGUACUCUGUUGGGGCCUUUGGGGGUGCUUCAAAAGGUGAUCAUGUUCGAGGAAGUGAUGCUGGUUCCUUUAGACCAGGCAAUUCUGGGUGUGAUUUUAGAGAACAAAUCAAGUUUGGUGAAUUAUACAAAUCUCAAACUAUGCCUUCCAAUCCAACUGUGUCCAGUGGAGGUCUUUGUAAGUCAAUUUCAGAAAUUGUGAAACUGGAGGAUAGGUGGUACGCAAGUCCUGAGGAACUGAACAAGAACACAUCUGCGUUUGCUUCAAAUAUCUACAGUCUUGGGGUUCUCCUUUUCGAGCUCUUUUGUUUUUUUGAAUCAUGGGAAGCACAUUCUUCUGCAAUGUCAGAUCUUCUUCAUCGGAUUCUCCCUCCAAAUUUUCUGUCAGAAAGUCCCAAGGAGGCUGGUUUUUGUCUCUGGUUGCUCCAUCCUGAGCCCUCUUUACGGCCCAAGUCAAGGGAUAUCCUCCUUUCUGAUCUUAUUUCUGAAGGAAGAGAUUUGUCAUCUCUUGAUCAUUCAUCAGCAUCAAUUGAUGAAGAGGAUGCAGAAGCUGAACUUUUGUUACAUUUUCUUCUAGUUUUGAAAGAGCAAAAAGAAAAAAAAGCUGAAAAAUUAGUUUCAGAUGUUGGGUGCUUGACUUCAGACAUUGAAGAAGUUGAAAGAAGGCAACUAGCAAGACUCACACCACUUGCUGUUGCUGGAAAUCCUCAGGCUAAUGUUGGUGAUAAUCUGGAUGUACAUCCUUGGGAAGGACCAAAUUUGGAGACAUCGUCUAGUUUGCGUAUGCCAAGCAUGGGUGCAGAAAGAUUAAUGAGGAAUAUGGAUCAACUUGAAAAUGCAUACUUCUCAAUAAGGGCCAAUGUGGAGCUUCCUGUGACGAAUGUUACAACACGUGCUGAUACAGAUGUUCUGAAAAUCCGUGACAAGUGGGGCCGAUUCCAAAAUGAUGAUGACAUGCUGAACCCUGGUCGAGAAUCUUCUGACCGUCUUGGGGCCUUCUUUGAUGGUUUGUGCAAGUAUGCUAGAUAUAGUAAAUUUGAAGUCCGUGGAUGCUUGAGAAAUAUAGAUAUCCUCAAUUCUGCAAAUGUCAUUUGCUCUUUGAGUUUCGACCGGGAUGAGGAUUUCUUUGCUGCUGCUGGUGUAUCAAAGAAAAUUAAGAUCUUCGAGUUGGAUGCCCUUCUUAAUGACAAUGUUGAUAUUCAUUACCCGGUAAUAGAGAUGUCUAGUCGAUCUAAGCUGAGCUGUGUGUGUUGGAAUAGCUAUAUCAAAAACUAUUUAGCUUCAACAGAUUAUGAAGGUGUCAUUCAGUUAUGGGAUGCGAGCACCGGUCAAGGAUUCACUCAGUACGUAGAACAUCAGAAAAGGGCCUGGUCAGUUGAUUUUUCACCGGUGGAUCCAACUAAGCUGGCUAGUGGGAGUGAUGAUUGUUCUGUGAAACUGUGGAGCAUUAAUGAGAAAAACUGCAUCAACACAAUUAGGAAUGUAGCGAAUGUUUGCUGUGUCCAGUUUUCCUCACAUUCAUCCCAUCUGCUGGCCUUUGGCUCGGCUGAUUACAAAAUAUACUGCUAUGAUCUGAGGAAUACAAGAAUACCGUGGUGCACUUUGGAUGGUCACGGUAAAGCUGUUAGCUAUGUGAAGUUUGUUGACCCUGAAACUCUUGUUUCUGCAUCAACUGACAAUUCUCUGAAGCUUUGGGAUCUUAACAAAACCAAUGCCACCGGGCUCUCUGCCAGUGCUUGCACCAUGAGCUUAACUGGUCAUGUGAACGAGAAGAAUUUUGUUGGUUUAUCUGUUUGCGAUGGCUACAUAGCUUGUGGUUCAGAAUCAAAUGAAGUGUACUCUUAUUAUAAAACUCUUCCGAUGCCAGUAACAUCUCACAAAUUUGGUUCUAUUGACCCAAUUACGGGGCAAGAGACUGGUGAUGAUAAUGGGCAAUUUGUUUCUAGUGUUUGUUGGAGAGGCAAGUCCAGCAUGGUUGUUGCUGCUAACUCAAGUGGCAGCAUCAAACUGUUGCAGAUGGUUUGAGCAGAAAAUCAAACACAGUAAUUUACUCGGUUUGCCUUCUUAAAAUGCAGAUCCCAGAAAUUGCUGACCCUAAUCUCAUAUAAUAUAGUGGCGGAGAUAGCUCCUGGUCCACGACAUUUGCCACAAACCUCUGAGUUCAUCUGCUUGACACUUAAUAUGUUUGAUACUUCCGGAGCAGGAAGUGCAAAAACAUGCAGAGGGCCUUAUUAAGGAUCGGAAGCAUUGGUGCUUUUUUACCGGUUCAGGGUGUCAUGUCGACCACCUCUAUAUUGCUCAAUUCUUCUUCAUAGCUGGCGGAGGCAGCACCACUCUCCAAAUAAAAGGAGUGCAGAUCAAUUCAGAAAUUUGCUAUCUUAUCCCCCAAAUGGUUUAGAUGAGAGUACUUUGAAAGGAAGGAGGGGGUGUAUGUACAGUAAACUACAGAUUUUGUUAGAAAUUAACAUUACAUUCUGUAAUUAGUUAAUAAUUUUCUUCUUAUGACUAGUGUGUACCUCCAACAUUUUCAAGGAUGGAGGCUUAUUUGUUGUGUUUAUGCUAACCUAAAUGAUUUAUACCUAUGAUGACUGAGAAUGUACAAGAUUCAUUAUCCCCCUUCUUGAGAUUGCCAUUAAUUUAAAGAAAGUUCA